UGGCUGCAAAACAUUAUUACAUGGUGCUGCCGACACUGCUUCACACGGAACUUCCUUCUUGUCACUGAGGCCAAAUAGUUUUUUUUUUCUUGUCUGAACUUACGAGAUCGUUUUGGAGAAGAGGGUUCUCUUGGUUCUACACUCCAUACCAGCAGGUGGGGCUAAUAUAUCGAUUCGCUGUUUCCCUGGCGCCCGUAACACACACACAACGAGGAAGAAGAAGAAACUCAAACUGAGAGCGCUUUUCUUGGCUGUCGCCCGCUAGUUUUUCAAAUAUUUUUUUAGCUUUACAAACAAGUGUUAUUACCGCGCAGCAUGGAUCCGUAUUUAUCUCAGUAUUUAGAUAGAAAUACCGCCAACUUUAAGAGAUCUCUGGAUCGAAUCGCUGAUAAGUAUUCAAAAUUUAAGGAUGAAGACGACGUGCUAGAGGUGGAUAUCGACAAAAUAGAGCUGAAAACGCUUUCCAAAUAUUUAUCAGAGUCUGAACAUAAACUCCAGAAGUUUGGGUCAAAGAACCAGUCAUAUCUAAAAGAUCGCUCGUUAAGUGCACACAGUUCAACACACUCUCAGUUAAAUUGGCCAUGUAAAGAUGAUGGAGCAGAUGAUGAUAGUGCCUCCAGCAGUGAAUUUCCUAAGGAAGAUAGCGCAGAGGGAACAAUGAGUUUAUUGGAUGGAAGCUGGAGGAACUCGUCAGAGAGCGAGGUCCUGCCGGAGGACCAAGAUGAAGUUCUGCAAAUGUCCCUGAGUAGUCGGUGCACUUCCCUGGCGGAGCUGUACCCAACAAUGGUUAGUCGGAUAGAAAGAGCCUGGCAUCGGCAGACCGUCUCUGUGGCAGCCAGAUCUGUGCUGAGGAGGUACCAUAGAUGGAGGCAGCAACCUAGAAGAAGCCUCCGAAACAUGCUUGACAUCACAGUGACAUCUGCUGACGAUCAACCAAAGAUGACGACUAGUAAGAGGCUUUUUGAAGAGGGCUCCGGCAGUCCUGCAAAGAGGAUGUGGACUGAAAUGGCACCUCGUCCUGUCCUGUCGCCAGUGACGAGCCUGUACAAUGGACAAUGGUCUCCUGGUAGGGAGAGGGGAUUGCUGAGUGGUGAGACCCCACGUCUCAUCAGCUUAAUAAAUUUCUCUGACACCGCUAAACCAAAAGAGAUUUCGCUGAAUAAGACUUUCUUUGUGUCUGAGCUGUCCCCACAUAAACAAACCCACCUUGUAGAGCAGAUUCCCAUUGAUUCUGCCAGUCCUUCACAGCGUCCCUACACCACUGCGAAAUCAUCUGUGGAUCCACCCUUCAGGUUUAGGAGGCUUUCUGUUUCUUCACACUCAGCAGAGGUGUCAACCUAUGCAGCAGAAACUCCCUCUGUCCCAGAGAGGCCAGAUAUCUACAGUUCCCCCGUCAGGCAGAGUCCUUUCAAGGCAAGAAGGAUGAGCAACCUCAGCAGGUCUCCUCUUGCAUUUUCCAGAAGCCCCAGAGAAUAUGAUGGCCACUGUUCAAGAGAGCCAAUGAACCCUAGAUCACUAUCCACUUCCAUGUCCUCUCCUCCAAAGAGGCCCGUUGUGCUGUGUAAGAUGCUUUACCCCCAAGACUGCAAUCAGUCCUCCCAGCCACCGCCCCCCUCACCUCUGCCGGCCCAGGCAGCAAAUAGCCAUCGCCGGAUCAGACGGAACCUCUCCUUGGACUCCUCUCUGUCGAGCUCUGGCUUUCAUUCACCAAAGAAAGUAGACGAGGACUUCAUGAAGCUUUAUCACAAGUUUGUGUGCCAGAAUAAAUCCACUAUCUUCAACACCCUUCCCUGUCAUCUGUGUGGAGGAAGCUCUGAGGCCAGGAGGGUCCUCCCCUCCACAUCUUUGGCGGCACUCGCCUUGUCGCCCCACCGCUCCAUCCUGAGGAAACGCCACAGGGAGCAGAGGUGCGACAGCCUCCCACAGUCCAAGCGCCUCAGGGACCAGUCCUGUGCCCACUCCCCGGGGUCCAAACGACACAAGAAUGAGAUGCUGAGACGCUGCCUCUCUCAAUCAGAGAUGGAGGGCACCCCCAGUGCUGUCCCUUACAGCCCCAGUAAACAAAGAAGCCAGCAAUCUGCAGCAUACCUGGAGGCCUGGAUGGGCCGGCACCACCCUCGGUUUUCCUCUUUGGGAGGUCCACUUGAGAAUAAAGCAUUCGACGGCCAGUCUCCCAGGUCAUUUAAGUCCUAAGCAAGAUGUUUCGGUUUUCCCUGACCUCCAUGUCUUUGUGUUCCUUAGUCACCCGCUUUUCCUUUUCCAUUAGAAAUUGGAGAUAAAUCAAGACUAACAAGAACAUGCCUACAGUUGUUGAAGUUUUUGUGCAGAAGAUGCAUUACAGCUCGUCGGUUUCAGAUAGUUUAAUUACACACUGCACUGUUUGUGUGUGUGUAGGGUAGCUGUUAAAGCAGUCUAGUUGUAUGUCUGUUUUGCUGUUAUUGUAGCGUUUGUUUUCCUAGGCUGUUCUGUAGACCAUUAUAGCUGAAUUUUAAAUAUUCCUUCUGAAUCUUAAUGUCAAUUUUUGUUGGCUUGUUAUAAGCAGUUUCAUGAAGCAUAUAUUGUUCAUCCCAUUGCACAAAUUUAGAUUUGUCUUUAUUAAAGUUUGAAGAGUUAACUCAAGUUGACAAAAAUACACUGAAUUCAAGUGACCCAAAGUAUUAAGUAAAAUAAAGGUUUUGUUCUUUGC